AUGACGACUUUUGGAUCAAUCGCUCACGCGUACCAAUGGGACUCUCUUCCUGGUCCCGGCGUCGACGGACACCACAUCAUCGGCGUGUCGCCUACCCGAGACGAGGUGUCGCUUUACCAACUUCCCCUCAAUCACAAAUCGUUCUUCAAAGACAGCUUCACCGAGCCAGAGAAGAUCAGGUAUCGAAGCGGCUUUUCGGCGAUCCACUGCUCGGCAUACUCGCCCGUCAACAAGGGCAUCAUUUCUGUGGCGCAGCUCAACGGAUCGGUGCUUCUAUUCGACAUCAACAACCCCGAGUCGCAGGUGGUCAAACUACGCUCCAAACAGAGCCGAACCUGCAACGCUCUAGCCUUCUCUGACAAUGGAAUUCUCGCGGCGGGACUGGAAAAGACACGUAACGACAACUGCCUGCAUAUCUGGGACGUCAAUGCUGUUGUGGAGGGCGGCAAUAUCACUCCUCUCAGCACCUAUCUCCCGAACGAGAUUGUGUCGAGUCUGGAGUUCAUCCCCAGGACUCAUAACGUGCUCUGUGGCUCAUACAAGCUGUUGCGUGAAAUCGACACCAGAUCCGGAACUCCUCUGUACCAGUGUGCCACUCGAUGCACUCUAGGAAUCACCACCUACCCCCACGAACCCAACUACUUUGCAUCCUACGGAGAAGAUGGAAGCAUGGCCGUCUGGGAUCGACGUCAACUGCGACAGCCCGGAGGAAACUCGUCAAACGAGCCGAUGCUACUAUUUCCACGUCUUCUUUCCGAACUCCCCAGAAAAGCGAACGCUACUCACUUGAGAUAUUGCACCACCAGACGGGGAGAAAUGACCGUCUAUGGAAACACAGACUCGUCCAUUCGUCGAAUCGAUAUCGGUCUGGCUGUUCGAAGUGAUGAUGACGUGUAUCAGAAUCAACAGAACAACGAGCCCACAUCAAGUACGUCUCAGAAUCGGUUUUUCGACUUCCAAAAGCCACCGUCUGACCCCACAGCUUCUCUUGACAAAUACCUGUUUGUGCGGUCGUCCAAGGACGUGGAGAUGCCGCUCGACAAGCUUCUGGGCUUCGACUACAUCCACGCCGAGCCUGAAAAGUGUCCUGUCGAAUACAUUUGCAUGCGACGAACAGGCCAGGUGUACUGUUUCCGGCCCAAGGAGUCGCCCGAGGUUCUGCGGUUCGAUCCCCUGAACACCCUCACGUUCAGCAAUGCCACGAACGUGUUUUUUGAGACGCCCAGUGAUGAAGUCCGAGAAGUCGAUUUCAAAAAUCAGCGCGAAUCUGUCGUUUCGGUGGUUUCUCCAGACGUGUCUUCUGACGAAGAAGAGCCCUCCCCACGUGCUCGUAACUACAGCAACGACUCUCAGAUCGGGCUGAUGAAGCUCAGAGACAUUUUGGAUAACGACAUCUCCACCAUCAUUCGAAAACGAGCUCUGGCCGGCUACGGACUCGACACUGCUACCAACAAGAGUCUGCUCAAGAGCCACAAUCACAGUCUCUGGCCUGCCCAUCUGAAAAACACGUGGAAGUGGAUUUCGCGGGCCCAAAAGGCCGAUAUUGACCGGUCAGUUGUCUCUGAAUUCUUUGACCUUGGCUACGAGGGCAUUCUGGACGUGUGGCAGGGUGUCCAGGGUCUUGCUCUGCAGCAGAAUCGAUUAUUGAAAAAGGACGCUACGGAGUCCCAGUUUGCCCAGGCUAUUCAGCUGGCGAUGGAGACGGAGUUCACACGCAAGAUUUACAUCUCCGCGUCUGUGGCGGGCACAAAGAAGCAGUUCCAACGACAACUAUGCUUGUAUGUUGCUGGUUGGGAUUUCUCCUACGACAAGCUUGAAGCCGAGAUCCAGAAAGCCGAAGGUAAGGGCGAGUACGAGAAGGCAGCAGGUUGGGCGGUGUUCCAUGGCAACGUGGAGCGAGCUGUCCAGUGUCUUGCUGGGUCCAAGAAGGAGCGGCAUCGAAUCAUUUCGACCGCCAUUUCAGGAUAUCUGUCUCAAUCUACAAAUGCCAACUCUUCCUGGCGAGAGCAGUGUCGACGGCUUGCUUCUGAGCUGGACAAUGCCUAUUUUCGGGCCAUUUUCGCCUAUAUAGCCGAUGGAGACUGGCUGGAUGUGCUUGCUGAGUCUUCUUUGCCUCUCAAGGAACGCCUGGGUGUGGCUCUUCGGUUCCUUCCCGACAAUGAUCUCACCAGUUAUCUGAACCGACUGGGGGAUCAGGCUGUUAGCAGAGGAGAGCUGGAAGGCAUUAUUUUGACCGGAAUCACUCCCCGGGCAGUUGAUCUGCUACAGUCUUAUGUGGAUCGAACUGGUGAUAUCCAAACGGCAGCGCUGUUGACCUCGUUUGGAGCUCCUCGGUUCUUUGAGGAUGAGCGGUACUCGCAGUGGAUUCUGUCGUACCAGCAGCUGCUCAACCAGUGGGGAAUGUUCAAGGAACGUGCUUUGUUUGAUAUUGCGCGUACCAAGCUGAGCCAGAAUUCCUCUGGAUCGGUUACUGCGGUCACCAAGCCUCGACAGGUGUUUCUUCGGUGCUCAUACUGCAACAAGAACAUUUUCAAGGACGAGUCUAAGCCCGCAACUACGUCUACUCCAUCUGCAAAGUGCCCGCAUUGCAACUCGCCUCUUCCUCGGUGUGCCGUGUGUCUGCUGACCAUGGGAGAAGCUAUGCCAGACACCCGCGUUGAGCAGGAGAAGAACAACUUUGCUUUCCACCAGUUUUCGCAUUGGUUCAGCUUCUGUCUGAGCUGCAAUCAUGGCAUGCAUGCGGGUCAUGUGCAGAAAUGGUUUUCCAAGCACGAUGUUUGUCCUGUUCCGAAUUGCAGCUGUUUGUGUAACAGUAUUUAA